AUUCAACCAUUUUGGUCCGUUUGGUACGUCUCAAGCAGGAGACCUCAUGAAUCACCUCCUGGAGUACACUCUCAGAAGUUGCUGGCUUCAGAUCGCCGAAGUGUAUCCCGGUUGGGAUGAUGCUUGGGAUUGGCUCGACGAGGCUGUGGAGGACGGGCGGCUACCAAGGAAAGAAAUGCCCGACGCGACUCUGGGCACAGAGCAACAGCAGAGGCGCGACCACUUGGUUCAAUGGAAUUUGAUGCUUCUUGGUUCUGCAGCAUCAGCUGAAGAUGAGAAACCUGUAGUCUCACUCGCCGGACGAAAACGCCACAGGGAAGAAGGCACGCAGCCCUCCGGAUGGGGUGUGGCCGAUGAUGUGCGACGAUGUUUGAAGGAGCUGGGAAGGUCUGUGUUCGCAGUCAAGGAGCGUGUUGACGUCAAGGGUCUGGCGAGGUCUACUCUUGGAAGCAACUACCUGGCCAGUGUCGAAGGAAUUUUUGAUGCACUGUACAACAACACAUCCGAAUCACAUGUCCGUGCCGGGCUUAGCGCACUACGGGAUGUCCUCAGGGGCAAGUGGGACGUCGAGCACGACUACACUGCUGUCCCUGUAGAUGUUCCUGUCGAAAGGCCAGCGAAGAAGUCUCGCCGAAGCGGCGCAUAACGGUAGAUUCUCCUACAGUGCUGUGGCCGCGUCUGCCUGCCCACUGGGACUGGAACAACGGCGGGACGCGCGUCGGGUACUUAAGACGGGCGGGGAACUCUCGCAUUUGUUAUGUACCUGGUAUACUCCGCAUUCAUGUAGUACGUAUUGCUGCGCACGUGCCAGUUCUGCACUGGUGCGAUGGUACGGUGUCGGUUCAAAUC